AGAGGAAUAAAAUGGCUGCAGCGAAGUGUCGCAACAGACGGAGAGAACUCACCGACACCCUCCAGGCAGAAACCGACAAGCUAGAAGAGGGCAAAGCCGCACUCCAGGCUGAAAUCGAGAACCUCCUGAAGGAAAAGGAGAGGCUGGAGUAUGUCCUCGCCACUCAUAAACCUCUUUGCCAGCUGCCCGAAGAGCUGGACUGCCUGUUUCCAGAGUCUCCCCAGCCGCUCUCCACUUCCGAAGCGGCCAGCAAACUCCCCGAGGACGGCCCGCAGGACUUGGAGAUCCCCAUGGUACCGUCCACCGCCAUUUCCGGCAACUCCAACAUCCUUCUGUGCUCCAGCGCAGAGGUCAGUCUGUGCGACCUCGAGCCCUCUCUGGAUGUCAAGGACGAGCUUCUCGACCGGAUCUCGGCGGAAACGGCCCGCUCCGUCCCCGACAUCGACCUGACCGGCUCGCUGGGCAUCACGGACUGGGAAACCCUCUACAAGUCUGUGGCCAAUGAUCUCGAACCUUUGAGCACCCCGGUGGUGAGCACAUCCACACCCACCUGCAGCAACUACCUGUCCGUAUUUACCUUCGCCUGCCCAGAGCUGGACUCCCUGGCCGAGGGACUGGAGGGCUGCAAGGGUGGCGUGACCAAAGCAGAAACUAGCGUCGACAUCCUCAACUCUCCCACCCUUCUUGCCUUAUAAAUGCAAGCGUAGAUGAUGUAAUGUCACGACGUUGUUCUUAAUAUCUAUUGGAUAUCGCGGUGUUAUGAUGUCCAGGUGUGUGAUGUUGGUGUGAAGCCAGCUGUUCAAUGGCUGCAUCCAUGUAAUGUGUGCGGGAUGGGUGUUUACUUUCUUCCAGAGACAUUUGAUGUAGCCCAAAUACAAGAGCAUGGAUAAUUAUCUUAUGAGCAGAUAUGAACUAUGUUCUGGUUUGAAAAGCAUGCA